AGAAUCAGUCGUUGAUUGGCUUUGAAGCGCUUUAGAACUCGGCUGGUGGGCCAACAAGAUAAUUAUCAUGUCGAUACGGAACUGAGCAACAGCCAGAAAUUCGUUAAAGUUUUCUUUUUAUUAAUUUAUUUUAUGUUCUUUUUUUUCAAAUUUUACGUGGCAUAACUCUGUGUAUGUGUUUUGAGUUUUUAUCUGAUUUGAUAAUUUUAAUGGUAUUCAUAAGUGGAAUGUGACGUCUCUCAAAAGAUGAUUUUUAUGGGCUAUUCGCAGCUUCCGUAUUGUCGCUAUACAAGCCCAAAAUUUAUGUGUGCACAUUAAUAGACACUUGCUAAUUGGACUGAAUUCCAGGCGCUGAGUUGAGAAAAUGUUAUUAAACACAGCAUAAAUGAUGGAUGGCUGCAGCAGGUGUCUCAAACAUAGAUUCACUAAGAGGAAAUUCUCGAUCCUGAUCACCUGGUUGUGCCUGGCGUUGUUUUGCGGCCAGCUGGACGGGCGACUGGUGCGAAUCCGACGCAUUCGUCGCCUGGUGGGUGACCACAGUGAACGCGAUGCGCAGAUUACGGAUUAUCGCGUCUCGCCGCUGGACGAGGAGGGCGUCUUCAAGUUCGCCUUCAGGACCAGCAACGGCAUUGAUGUCCAGGCCGCGGGCAGCGCACUGGAAACAAUUGGCCUAUUUAGCUAUACCUCGCCGGAGGGUGUGCCCAUCGAGACGCGCUACAUAGCCGACGAGCUGGGCUUCCAUGUGGUCGGCAGACAUCUGCCCCAGCCGCCGCCAACGCCCAGCUACAUCCUGCGCUCCUUGGAAUACAUACGCACACACAACGAGGAUGGCAGCCCGAAGGCGCGCCUCCUGUAAACUCGCGCUCACACUCAUCCAGAAGAAGGCUGAUAUUACCAUAUAGCAUAUACGUAUCUUUAGCAUAUAGUAGAACCCCACUAAUAACGAGCUAUUGUUAGUUUCUGUUAGCCGAAUUGCUCUUGGCAUUCGUGUACAUAAGUAUAUAACUCAUGUCAUCUAACAUAUUCCUGCUUAACUUGAUUGUGCCGCGCAAGCUGUCAUAUAUCUACAUUGACAGCACAUGAAUAUUAUUUAUAUUAACAACAGCAACUGCCAGUUACAUCCAAAUAUAGCUAAAAACAAUAAUUAUUAAUAUACAAUAAUGUGGUAUUUGUUUAAAUUUUGGUCUGAUGACCCCAACAAAUCAACUCUUGGUUAUAGAUUAACCAUAAAAGUUGAUAAUCAUAUGACGUUUUCUCGCUUGACUAGACAACUCAUUAAUAUUUAUUAGUCAGCUGAAUCGAAUCGUGAUUCUAUUUGGAGUGCUCUUGUAGUUCUUUCCGGGUGGUUGUUGUAUUCACAUUGCCGGGCUAUGAGUACAAUAGAAUGAGUUGUGUGUUUUUUCAAGAGUCAGGUAAGCAUUUGCUAAGGUCUAACAUUAGGACAUAUUUUAACUUAAGCUGAAAUGUUUUGUUAAUUUUUUAAAAUAAAACAUAAAUAUU